UAAUUAAGCACAUUUCAAAACACACACACACACCCCUCUCAUAGGUAUUAAACACGUUUGUAUUAGUUACAUGGAAAACAAAAAUGUUGGUCAACUAGAACAACGAUUCUCUGUUGACCAAGUGCCUUAUAGAGGCGUUCGCCAGAGGAAGUGGGGAAAAUGGGUGUCGGAAAUCCGAGAACCCGGUAAGAAAACCCGUAUUUGGCUCGGAAGCUACGAGACGGCCGAAAUGGCCGCAGCUGCUUACGACGUUGCGGCUAUUCACCUCCGAGGACGUGGGACACAUGUCAACUUUCCGGAGCUUGCUGACAGUUUUCCUCAGCCGCAAAGCUCAAGUUCCGAGCACAUUCAAGCUGCUGCUCAGGAGGCAGCACUGCUGUUUAAACCGGGCGUGUCGUCUACUGAAGCAGAUCUCGGGUCGGGUCAGGGACAUUCUCGGGUCGGAUUGUCUCCGGAUCAGAUUCAGGCGAUUAAUGAAUUUCCAUUGGACUCGCCGAGGAGGGGGUGGAUGCAGGAUUUGGAAGUGGAUGAUUAUGAAGAGUUGUACGGACGAAUUUUUGGUCAAUGCGAUAGAGAUGAGUAUUUUGAAAUGCAGCAGCUUCAAUCCAUAUUGGGAUCUUAACUGCUUUUGAUAUAUAUAAUUGCUUAAACAUUUAAUUCUUAUUA